CCCUUCACCAACAAUAUCAAGACUUUAAAAUAAGAAUUGGAUCAUACAGCAAAGAAAAAUCAGCUAAUAUCAGGCCAGAACAAGAACCUCAUAAAAGUAGUUCCACUAACAAAGAAGAAAACCCAUACUUACAAGAUGAUACAUCUAUUAUAGAUGGUGUGGGCUUACAAGAAAAUGAUAUAACACAAGAUAAACAAAAAGGGCCUUUGUCACCUUUAAUGGAAAUAGACAACAAUAAAAGAAACUCUACACCAAGUAAAGAUAAGGACCUCUCACCUGACCCAAUAUCAGCACCACAUGAUGAACUGGCUGCACU